AUGACCAACAAGAAGGCCCCAACAACAAAAAAGCAAAAUGAUGAUGAUUUAAAGUUCUUGCAAGAUAUGGCCAAGAAGAAUGAACAAAAACAAAAGAAGAAGGAUGCAAAGGAACAAAAGAAGGCUGCUUUGUGGAUUUCUUUGACUCAAGACGGAUUGGUAAAGAAGAAGAUUAUCACUGCUGCAAAGGAUGAUGCUGCUUCUCCAUCAAACGGAAAUACAGUCAGUGUUCAUUAUGUAGGAACUCUUAAAUCAACAGGUGCUCAAUUUGAUAGCUCUCGUACUAGAAAUCAACCUUUUGAAUUCAAAUUAGGUGCUCAUCAAGUUAUUAGUGGAUGGGAACAUGCUUGUCUUUCAAUGAAGGUCGGAGAAAAGAGUAUCUUUGAAUUGGAUUCAACUUAUGGAUAUGGUCAAAGAGGUGCACCUCCAAGCAUUCCACCAAAUUCUACUCUUGUUUUUGAAAUUGAAUUGUUGGGUUUCAAUUAA